AUAUACUGGGCGUGAGUACACUGCAGAAUCAUACUUAGCUAGUCACGGUAUCGGUCCAGUCACUGGAUACGGGCCAAUGUACCGAAGUGGCUACAACCGAUUCACCCCGUACUGAUUAUAAUAUAAUAAUAUUAUCCUAUGAGAUUAUUAUAUACAUAUUUACAUUACGAUUAACUAUAAUUUUUACUCAUGCAUAUAUAUGUGUAAUAAGGCAGCCAUAAAAAAUAAUAUAAAUAUAUAUAUAUAUAUUAUACUAUUAGAUCCAUUUAUAUACAUAUAUAUUUGACGACACAAUGACGAGAUGCAUGUAAAUUAUUUUAACUUCCUCCCGUCUGAUACCAACCCUCCUCUGACACUGAGUUGGGCGACGAUUUUAGUAAUAUUUUUGAAAAAAUAAUUAAACACGCACACGCAUAAUAUACAUUAUACUUAUUACAUAAUUAAUUAACUGUUGUCUACGUUAUCGUGUCGCCGUCAAUAUUGCGUAAAAAGUAUAAAAAGCCGACCACCCCGACCCAUUCCAUUACUCUUCUCCCGCGACAACUAAAUAUUUUUAUUUUAAAGUUAAACUAUUAUAGGUAUUUAUAUAUAUUAACGAUUUAGGACUUUGAACCCUCCCCGAAUUUUGUACAUCUGAAUCUUUUGUACGCCAUUUAUUUAUUUAUAUUAUUAUUUUAAUUGUUAUUACCAAUAUGAUUAUUAUUCGUUCUCCGAUUCACAUGCUCCUCCGGGUAGACCCGUUCCCAAAUAUUGUUUAAAUAUAUUGAUAAAUAAUAACUAUGAACAAAAUAUCAUGACAAAAAAAAAUAAAAAAAUAAAAUAAAAAAAAUGUAUCUUAGAUUUAGAACGCCUACGUUUGUGUGAAAACUAUAUUAUAUUAUAUGCGUUAUUAUUAUUUAACAUUAAAUCGUUUGAAUCUCAAUUGAUGGACAUUCGUGAGUUGGUAGGAAUAAAACGAAUCUCGAUAGUAAUAAUAAUUGUUAAUUUUAAUGAUGAUGGUGGAAUAAUAACAUCGAAAGGCGCUCGAAAAGAGCGACGGACGGACGGACGGUCGGCUUUUUCUAUUCAUUUAAUUUUUAUGUUUUUGUUUUAUAAGAGUAAAAUUUAAAGGCCACCGCUGCCUUUUGAUUACGUUUGUUGCCAAAAUACCACUGUAGACCACGUUUUUAUUUUGACUGACUCGCAAUUAUAUUUCGAAUAAUUAUUGUUGCGCGCUUGUCUGCGGUCAAAACGUGUGUGUAAUGUAUAUUAUUUUAAAUAAUAGGAAAAACGAUCUGAAUGUUCACCAACCCCAACAAACAAAUAUAUAUAUAUUAUAUAUACGUAUAAAGAGCUCUCUCAAUUUGUUUGUAUGUUUUUUAGUUCAUUUUAUUACUUAUAUUUAUAAUGAUAUAUUAUAAUUUUAAGUUUUAUUAUUACUAUUAUAUUUUUUUUUCUUUUAUACGGAAGCCCCGAACAAGAAACAUCACACUUAGAUUUUUGUUUGUUUUUAUAAUAUAAUUAUUAUUAUCAUUAUAUAUAUAUUACUAUUAAACAUUUCUGUACAAUCGUGUCUAGUUAAUUUAUUUAUUCUGUUAGCGAGUACAAAAUGACGAUGUAAUAUUUACUUAUGUACCAUAUAUUAUUAUGAAUAAUGAUAAUAAUAAUAGCGCACAACAUUAUAUUAUAUACAUUUUUUUUCUAAACAAAAAGACCGCACAAAUAUUAUCGUGUUACGAAACCAAAAAAAAAAAAAA